AUGAUCGACAUUCACGAGCUCACCAGCGGACCCCAGUCCUGCCCCAUCUCCCACAUGGCAUCCUCGCUAUUCUCCUCUCCUUCUUCAGCUUAUGACACCUCCAACUUCGAUAUCAACCCAAACACUUCAACCUUCACACUCACCUUUCUGACCGCCUUCGUCCUCCAACUCACCGGAUUCUUCCUCUUCAAGCACUAUGUCCCCCAAGUCGCCAACGCAACCAAGAACCGACAAAACCGAAGAGCUCUCUCAUGGGUCCUCUCCCUCUUCUCGUCUAUUGUCCUCUUCACUGGCACAUUCACACUUUCCUCCGAGAUUGAAUGGAAUCUACCAGGCCAGCAUCUGGAUAGUUCAGCACCCUUUUUCCUACUAGCGUCGGUGCGCAGGUUCCCCCGCGAGUCCGGACUGGCGACAGGGUACUGCGCCUACUUUGUGAGCUACUUGGUCUGCGAUCUGGUGCUGGGGUGCGUUUAUUACCGCGAUUUUGUCGAUCCCUUGUCCGGGUGGGCACAUCAUCUGUUCUAUCUCGGUGUCAUGUCCCGGGCCACUGCUCAGGGUAAUAUUUCGACGCUCUUUGCUAUGGGAACACCCAUUGAAGUGUCGACAAUCUUUCUGGCCACGGGUCACAUCUUUCCUACACUCCGCUCAGAUGUCGUCUUUGCGACCUCAUUUUUCCUGGCCCGCAUCAUCUACCCUAUCGCCCUCCUCCCAGAGCUCUUCCUUAACGUUGAGUCACGACUCUGCUGGAAGGUCGGCACUAUGGCGCUUUUGGUCCAUGUCUAUUGGUUCCACAAGUUUGUUCAGCAACAGCUUAGGUACCACCACGCUAGCCAUGCUGGCUUGAGUACCACUGCCACUAAUGAUGCUGUCAAUGUGGUCGAUGAAAAGCCCGCUGUCUCCUCCGCCGCCGUUACCUUCGUGAAUACUAGCGAGGAGAGCCUCAAGAAGAAGAUGACCGGGAUCGUGUGCGAGUACGAUGUUGCCGUCCCUGUUUUCAAGUCUGCGGACGACAGCAACAAGGCUCCCGAGUCCCCCACAGCCUCGAACGGUACUUUUGGUAUGGAAUUGCCUCAGAUCCAGGUUAACAGUAGCCGUCAUCGUCGUCCUCGAGUCGUCCGCCUCCCCUCUGGUCAGUCGAUUGCCAGCCUUGCGUCUUUUGAGAGCUCCAAGGACGACGCCUCUCCAGCUGUCCCUACGAAAUUGUCACCACCUGCCAUCACCAUCACUACCUCUGCCACUUCUACCGCUGAUUUCAGAGCCGCGACGACGGGUGAAAAGACGAUGAAGCAGUUGUUGGAAGAGUGCAGCGACGAGGACAUUUCGACCUACAAGUUUCCUAUCCACAGCAACAAGACCCUGUCCGCCCUUGCAAGGAAGCCAUUGAAUGGCGGUGGUAGCCAAAGUGGUCUCUCUGGCGGUGCUGAUGGUCUGGGAGUUUCCCGACUGAGUCGUGCAUCGUCUAUGCGAGAUUCCAAGCGGCGGAUUGCAUUGGGGUCUGUCCAGUUUGCUGCUGCUGAGCCCAAGGCGACUAAGAAGGAGCCCACUGUUAAGGCUGACGAGGAGAAGAGCAGCAGUAGAAAUGUGGUGGAUGGGGAUGCUACGGUUGUGAUGCGCCCCCGGCGGUCGAGUCCUUCGCGCGAUGGGGACUAUGGCUUUGGGACGAUUCGUGUCGCCCGAGGAGGCGUCGUAGCUGUGAACGCUUGA